AAGAGCAUUUUGAUAAAAUCUGGGAUUACCAAGCAGAGAUAUUGAGGAGCAAUCCUGGAUCAACCAUGGAAAUUGAGACCAUACCAGGAGCCACGGUUGGAAGCAAGCAGCGGUUCUAUAGACUCUACAUGUGUUUCCAAGCACAAAAGGAAGCAUGGAAGAAGACUUGUAGGCCUGUUAUUGGCUUAGAUGGAGCCUUUUUGAAAUGGGACAUCAAGGGACAGUUGUUGGCUGCGGUUGGAAGAGAUGGAGACAAUAGGAUUGUCCCUAUUGCUUGGGCUGUAGUGGAGAUAGAGAAUGAUACAAACUGGGAUUGGUUUGUGAAGCGUUUGGCCUUGGAUUUGGGAUUGGAAAAUGGGAACGGCUUUGUUAUAAUGUCUGACAAACAAAAGGGAUUAGUGAAGGCAGUUCAUACCCUCCUUCCAGAAGCUGAGCAUAGACAGUGUUGUCGCCAUAUCUACGAGAACUGGAGGAAAGGUGGAAAAGAUCUAAGGUUACAGAGGUUCUUCUGGUUCAUUGCAAGGAGCUACACUCCUGGUAUGUUCAACUACAACAUGGACGAGCUUAAGAACUAUGAUCCUGGCGCACAUGCAUCUCUGAUAAAGACAAAGCCAGAGACUUGGUCUAGAGCUUUCUUCAAGAUAGGCUCCUACUGCAAUGAUAAUCUGAACAACUUGUGUGAGUCCUUCAACAAGACCAUCAGGGAGCCUAGGAAGAAACCUCUGCUAGACAUGUUAGAGGAGAUUAGGCGCCAAUGUAUGACUAGGAACUACAAUAGGUCUAAGAUGGCUAAGGACAGGAAGACUAGGUUCACCCCAAAGACACAUAAAGAGUUAGACAGGGUUGAGAAGAAGUCAAAAGAAUGUAGUCUGCGUUGGGCAAUUGGGCCAGAGACUGAGGUGGAAGAUAGAGACCAGUCUUAUGUGGUGAAUUUGGAGAAUGAGACUUGUGCAUGUCGAAGCUGGCAAAUGAAUGGUAUUCCAUGCAUCCAUGCUGCUAAGGUCAUCCUUGGCGUGGGAAGAAAACUCUCUGAAUUUGUUGCUCCUUUCUACACAACCUCUAAGUGGCGUGAAACCUACAGUUUUGGGAUCAGACCUGUAAAUGGGAUGAUAGAGUGGCCUCGGACCAAUAGAUUAGGUGUGAUUCCACCACCUAAUCGAAAUGGCAAGCCUGGUAGGCCUAAAAACCAUGAUCGAAAGAAGGGAACCAAUGAGACAGUGUCUACUACCAAGCUGAGUCGUGCGAACAGGGUAAUGACAUGCUCUAAUUGCAAAGAAGAAGGGCACUACAAGAAUACAUGUCGGAAGGCUUUUGUUGAGAGUCCACCUAAGAAACCAAGAGGCAGACCAAGGAAAUAUCAGGUUAGGGUCUUAGUUUCUAUCUCAUUGUUUUUAGCUCUCGGUAAUGUGUCUAACAAUUCAUUUAUAUGUUGCAGGGACUACACUUUGGCGAGUCACAAGCUCAAUCCUCAGAAGCUCAAACCUCACAAAAUCAAUCCUCACAAGCUCAAGCAUCAGCAUGGGAAGUUCCUCAAUCUUCAGAAGGUCAAUCCUCACAAGCUCAAUCAUCACGAUGGGAAGUUCCUCAAUCCUCACAAGCUGAAGCAUCACAGACAGCAGCGUGGGGAAGAUGGUUUUUUUAGAUGCUUGUGUGUUGUUUAUGAUGGUCUCUGUCUGAAUGCUUUCGUUGUGUGUUGUUUAUGAUAGUGUCUCUGUCUGAAUGCUUUUGG